GCUCUACUUUCAGUGAAACUCGCUCUCGAAAAAAUUCUUUCGUUCUGUCAUUGGAAUCUUACCACAAAAGUUUCUAAAUGGAAAGAAAACUGCAGUGAUAGGCCAACAAGAAAUUCUAUAGUUUUUGGUUACAGAACACGGAGAAAAAAAUUAAUAUGAAGUCAAAUAAAGACGUCCAAAAUGGCAGUCGGAACGCUCUUCAAAAUUCUCCCAAGUCAAACUCUGCGCUUUCUUGCAAGAUGAAAAUUUUGCGAAACGCAUCGCAAACGAAUGGAGCAACUGAACUAUGCUCAUAUCUUAACAUCCCUUGCUAAUGAAUCCAUUCAAAACGACACAACUGUACUGGUAAAAAUAACAAAACAAUGUGUCAGAAGAGCCUUCCAUGAGGAAUCUAAAGACACCGUUUGUUUUAAUCAAACGCGGAAAGAAAACGAAACAGAACAAAGAAAAAAGUUUUUGCAACGAAAAAAGCGGCGUAUCACGCCCAGUAGAAAAAUUCGCGAUUUCCUAGAAGUCGAUGAUGUAAAAGGUUUUCAUAUCGAUCUCAUCAAGCGGGAUGUUUCAUAUGCAAACAGGGACGGAAACACGACAAACACCAAAACAAGAAACAAGAGCUCAGCAAAAAGUUGUUAUCAAAUCAUUAACGUGCGAAACAAUGCACAAAGUCACACAAAGGUCCCACCACGAAAAGCUUUUCCAACCUCUAAACUCGCGGUAGAUGGAAGAGAAAAACCAAGUUAUCAUAAGGAAUUCGAUGAAAAUUUUACAGACAAAGUGAACGAGACAGGCAAAGAAAUGCAAACUUUAGCAGGUAAUAUGAUGCAAAAUAUGGAAAACGCGAAAAUCGAAGUGGAAAAAUUACAGAUACUCAAAAAUACUCAUAAAGAGGACUGGGGCAAGAACAGCCCAGAGGAAGCUGUAAAAUGUAGGGAAAAGUUUAACUACCAGUGUAAGCAGUGUGGGAAACACUUCAAAACUUACUAUACAUUCAGCAUUCACGUGAAAAUGCCAGUUCACACAAAGGAAUAUCCGUUUGUUUGCAACAUUUGUGGGAAAGGCUUUCGUCUGUCGAGCACGUUGUGUCGACAUAAGAUAAUUCAUACAAACGAAAAACCACACAAAUGCCAGAAAACUUUAAUCGCUCUUCCACGUUAAAGAUGCAUGCGCACGCACAGCGCAUGCAAGCAGCACGUAUGCCACACGUGCGGCAAAGGUUUUCACCAGAGGGGAAAUUUGCGCAAUCACAUGUUCGUCCAUUCGGGCGAGCGACCAUUUUGCUGCGAGACGUGCGGUCGUCAUUUUAACAAGAAGUCGAAUCUCAAACAGCACGUGAAGAUUCACGAAAAAAACGGUAAAUUUUCUUGCACGGUGCAAAAGAUAUUUGAUGAUCAUUCCACAUUGAAAGAUCACAUGAAGGACAAACAUUUUCAUUACUAACUACGAGUUGCCCACACAUUCAGUCCCCGGACGAUAGCACUGACGUUAUCUCUUUGAGUGUAUUCGUUUCAAGAAUUUGAUCCUGCCUUCCCACUCGCCUUAGAGCAGACUGAAUACAUGAAUAUAAACUUCCUUCCCCCACAAAAUAGCCUUCUGCUUUCGCCCAUGGCCUUAUCCCCAGGGGCAAAUAUAGAGCAGCAAUUGGGCGGAUGAUAAAAUUUACGCUCCUCUUCCCCCCACCAUCCACCACUCCCACCAACACAAACGCGGUAUUAAUUUUUAUCUAUAAUCAUCGCUAGUUCUCAUCCAAAAUAUUGUGCCUGUUCUUUCUUCCUGUAUUUUGACAACAAUUUGAAGGGCAGUAACAACAAAUAUGGAUUACGUCAAUGAUAAAUCAAAGGAAGAGAGAAUAUAGUCAAUGCAGAUUGGUGUGCACAUCGUUGUAUUUAAUUAAAAAGGACAAAAGAAUGACAAUAAAUAACGUGAGUUUUCCGGGUUUCAUUCAUGUAGAAUUCAUAACAAUAUAUCUAAGGGGUAAAUUUACUUUUCAUGAGGUGUUCAGUCAAAUGUGUCUUUGCAAGUUUCAAAAUCUUUUCUUUUCAAUACAUCUAGUAGAAAUGACGGUAAAUCUGAAUAAAGCUAUAUGUUUUCAGCCGCA